CCCUGCGUGUUGACGUCAUGCCGCUCGAGGCCGGAGCUCGAGGAUCCGGAUUUCGGGGCCAGAGCCUCACCCAGAGUAACCUUUUCCUGAUGGCCCAAUGCAGCAUCCUUGUACUCCUGUUUUUGGUCCCAAAGAUCUUUCGAUGUGGAGCUGAAGAAGAAGACAGCUCAAGUCUUCAGUGCAUCUGUGAGGGCUUUACAUGUGGGGUAGAGCCUGUAUGCAACGGUGUGCGGUGUUUUGCUUCAGUCACACAAAAUGGAGAAGUUCAGGUGUUCCAGAAAGGUUGUUUCGCUACCAUUGAGCAGGUUGAAAUAUCCUGCAAGAUCUCACCCUCAGAACGUUCUGUAGUGCGGUGCUGCAAUGAAAACCUGUGUAACAGGAAUAUUACCGUAACGCCACUUCUUUCUCAAGAAGAAGACAGCUCAAGUCUUCAGUGCAUCUGUGAGGGCAUCACAUGUGGGACAGAGCCUCUGUGCAAGGGCCUACGGUGUUUUGCUUCAGUCACACAAAAUGGAGAAGUUCCUGUGUUCCAGAAAGGUUGUUUCGCUACCCAUGAACAGGUUGAAAUGUCCUGCAAGAUCUCACCCUCAGAACGUUCUGUCGUACGGUGCUGCAAUGAAAACCUUUGUAACAGGAACAUUACAGCAAUGCCCCUUCUUUCCCAAGCGCCAGAAGAAGAGCCAAUCGACUACAGUGUGGAGACACUAAUCAUUUUUGUAGUUAGCCCAGUGAUAGUGCUGGUUGUUUUGUCUGUUGUUGCUGUCCUGAUUUGUCGCAAAAUUCACCAGAAUAGGAUGCAACGGUUACAUGCCCGUGAUACUGAAAAUGGAGCAAUUGAUGGCCUUAUAGCUUCCAAUGUGGGAGAUAGCACACUUGCGGAUUUGCUUGAUCACUCCCGUACAUCAGGCAGUGGGUCAGGUUUGCCGUUUUUAGUACAACGCACAGUCGCAAGACAGAUCACAUUGAUGGAAUGUGUAGGAAAGGGUCGCUAUGGAGAAGUUUGGAGAGGUCAAUGGCAAGGAGAAAAUGUUGCAGUGAAAAUCUUCUCAUCUCGAGAUGAGAAAUCUUGGUUUAGAGAGACUGAAAUUUAUAAUACUGUUCUUCUUCGUCACGAGAAUAUAUUAGGUUUCAUUGCUUCAGACAUGACGUCAAGGAAUUCUAGCACUCAGCUUUGGCUUAUCACUCAUUACCAUGAGAACGGUUCACUCUAUGACUAUCUGCAACGAAAUGCAGUGGACACUGUAGUUUGCCUGAAUUUUGCCUUGUCUAUAGCCAAUGGUCUGGUGCAUAUCCACAAUGAAAUUUUUGGAACUGAGGGAAAGCCUGCAAUUGCACACAGAGACCUGAAAAGCAAAAAUAUUUUAGUGAAAAAGAACCUGCAUUGUUGCAUCGCUGAUCUUGGGUUAGCAGUGAUGCACUCACAAACAAACAAUCAGCUAGAUGUUGGGAAUAACCCUAAAGUGGGCACGAAACGAUAUAUGGCACCGGAAGUACUUGAAGAAUCUAUUCAGGUUGACUGUUUUGAUGCCUACAAACGUGUAGACAUCUGGGCAUUUGGGCUUGUAUUGUGGGAAGUAACUAGGAGGACAUUCAGUAAUGGUAUUGCGGAAGAGUAUAAACCUCCAUUCUAUGAUCUGGUACCGAAUGACCCUAGUUUUGAAGAUAUGCGAAAGAUUGUAUGUGUGGAACAGCAAAGACCAAAUAUCCCCAAUAGAUGGUUUUCGGACCCCACCCUGUCUGCUCUUGCCAAGCUGAUGAAGGAGUGUUGGUACCAAAAUCCCUCUGCACGGCUCACUGCAUUACGCAUCAAAAAAACUUUGGGAAAAAUAAGCAAUUCAUUAGAGAAAGUGAAAAUGGACUGCUGAGCGGAAAAUGAGAGCCAAUUUUACCACUGUUCAACAAAUAUAACAAGGAUAGAAUAUGAAUUUCAAACUGCCCAUUAUUCUGUUUUUGCAGUCAAUACUUGGACAUUGUCGUGAUGUGGCAACAAGGAUGUCAAGGUUUGAAGUGGCAGAUGGAUCAUUCUCUUUAACCAAACCAAUCACUUAACCGUGGCUGUUCCUUUUGAUACAAAUUAAAUCAGGCAGCAGCUUCAUGUUCACUGGGUGCUUGCUGAAUUUGAGUUCUAUUUGGAAGGGGAAGUUUUGCACUAAAUAAUUUCUUGUUUUUAUUUUUGCAUUGCUGUACAAUUAUCAAGUAGGUUGCAAUAGCCCUGACCUGUGUAUUGAUCUUCAGCUUGUAAAAUAGCAUGCAGUUUUUCAUCUGAAGAGGUAAAACUUAGUUGUUUUGUUACAGGCGUACUUGAACCAUCCAAUGGUUAUUUUAUUUGAGUAUAAGAUAUAAAAGCGGUCCUAUCUUUUAUGUGAAAGGAGCACAUAUUCACCAACUAGUAAUGGUGGUGCCUUGGCAUUUAUGAGUUACAGUUAAUUGUUUAAGAUUCAGUUCAACAAAUGAACUAAGGAGUACUUUCCACAGUAGUAUGUGUAUCUGUUUAAAAUUAAUGUUUGUUCAGAUUGUAUGCUUUGACUUUGUUGUUGUACCCAAGGUUUAAAAUUAUUUUUUAUAUAAUAUUGUAUCAUGGUAGGAAGUAACAUCCUUGUCUUUUUGAUUUGCUAUUUGGAACUUGAAUGUUUAGGGAAAAAGCAUAGGAAACAAAAGAACAAAGACUUAAGUUAAUCUGUGAUUAUACUUAUAGCUAACUACAGUUGAAAAAAUAUACAGUUUCUCUUAAUGUGCAAGUGCCCAGCUAUUUAACUUCAUCCUCAUCAAAACACUAUUCCAUGAUUAGCGUUCUCUUGAAAAGUUGAUCGUGCUAGAUAGAAGAAAUGACAGAAUUACUUAUUACUAUCAUGUACGAGAAGUCAGAACACGAAAUGGACACUCAUGAGAGCAUUGUACAGGAAGAGAAUAACAAAACCAACACUAAUUAUUUGAGUGUAAUCUCAUUGAAAAAUGUGGAAAUUAGUCACAAAAAUAGUUAAAAUACGAUCUCCAUUGAAGAGAAUUGUUUCCCUGAAAUAUUGUAUCACUAACCAUAUGUGAGUCUUUAAUGUAAAUGUAUGCAGCCUGCUUUGUUGCCUUUUGUUAUUGUAUGUUUUAAUUUGUGCAAUGGGCCUCACAGAGCACUCAAUUUAUUCUGUAGUUUUAAACAAAAGGGCUUACUGAGCUAUUUUAUAAGUGAAAGUAUGAUGCAUUUAUAGACAAAAGAUUUUAAUCAUUUCAUUUAGGACAUCUGAUCAGCUUUACCAUUUUGUGAAUUAUGCAACAAAUAGCUAUACCAUUCUUACACUGUAAUACUUCCCAGUAUUCGAGUCUUUCAGUUUUUGAAACAGCAAUAAUUGAAUAUUAAAACUUAGUAUUCCUGCGAUUGUUUACGUACAGAAAAAGCGUUAUCUUAACCUAUAACAGCAGUGAUGCAAUUAAAGUCUCUUGCUACACUCA